AUGUUAUUUAGACAUCCAUUCCAUUUAUCCAUCUUAAAAUUAGACAAAAGACUUGGCAGCGGGACGGUCAACUCUCGAGCUUCCUUACUAAUUCGAGUUUCAUUUUCGUUCUCAAUUCAAAGCUCCCAAGCGGGUCGAGAAGAGCACCACAAUGACACUCCCAAUCCCCAGCGCUCACAGUUCAGGAAAGAACUUGAGAAGUUAGAGGCCGCCAUCGAUCUCGAUCCAGAUCGAGUCCGUGAAGGCAUCGAGUCCCAACUGAGUCUUGACAUUUUGAUGAAGCACAACGAGCUUCGUCUGAUCAACCAAGAACUCGCAAAAUGCCAAGCUGCUCUCGAGCAACUCCGUCGUUGUCAUUUGAUUCCUUAUCCGACUGCACAAGGAACUCCUGAGUCGAUGCAGCAUGUCAGCAACGGAACAGGACCAACUGUUGCCCAUGGUGGCAAUGUGCCGCAAUGGGCGCCUGCUUACGGAGUUGCCGAUGGGCCAUAUACAAGACACUACGCCAAGUGGCUCAUCCCAGAUCCAGCAUUCGAUGGUGUCCAAGUUGACUGGCAACGGGGUUCUGAUAUGUCACGUGCUGGGAAAACUGUACCAGAGGGUCGUUCUACCAGACACAGUUUCGUUGAGGGCACCACAGCAGCAAGCAAGUCCAGAUCUCAAAGAGGCUCUUCUGGUCAAAAACUCCAAGCCCUCUCAAGUGGCUAUCCUCAAGCCAAGGAGAAGGCUGGGCCUUGCAUUCUCAAGCGGGCAAGCGAUGGUCAAAUGGUCAAGCUUGUUUGCAUCGACUGCAACCGCGACAAUUUCUCAAGUACUCAAGGAUUCAUCAAUCAUUGCCGCAUUGCUCACCGCCGAGAUUUCAAGAGCCAUGAUGAAGCCGCGCAGGGCAGCGGACAACCGAUAGAGGUUGACGAAGUUGGAGGCAUCGUUGGUGAAGAGAAACCUCAAAGCGCUCCCAACGGUCUCGUACAUCCACUCAUCAGAAGUGCUCCGACAGACAAGGAAGCUUACAAGGCCCUUCUGUCCCGCAUCAAAGCUUCCAUGGAAAUGUAUGAGCAAGGCAAACUUCCCGGCGUUACCUCGAUACCAACGAGCACAAAUUCAACACCUUUGAAGAGCAAGUUUUCGAAGUCGGCCGACACUUCGAGUCCAAACUUCGUUCCAUCUCUUACUACGCCACGUCUAUCUGAGUUGAUGCGGAGCAGAGGCUUUGGUGGUGACCUUGCUCAGAUGGUUACGGAAGCGAAGAAGAAGGUCGAUUUCGAUGAGGACUCGGAUGAUGAAUCAGAAGAUACCGAUGUAGUUUUGAGCGCCAAUCAGCGCCCAGGAACCGGCGUUGAGACCCCAAUACUUCCUGCGAUGAGAGUGCCAUCCCGUGCAGGCGUUUUACCAGCUCCAUUUGGUCGACCUGGGAGCAGUAAGGGUGUUGAUACUCGCCAUGGCAGACAGCCAGGCCUGAGCGGAAUAUCCCCCCGACUUACCCAUGCAACUCCAGUCAUCAACACGACCGCCGCUGGCCACCGCAACAUGGGCACAACUCGUCUCGUCAAUGUUGAGCAUCAUGAUCAUGCCGAUGAGCACCAGGAUGAUGUUGAUGUGGACAUGCUGCACGGUCCGUCGAUCAGCGACCUCAGUCCAAACACUGUUGUGAGCAACAACGCGCCCAGCUUGGUCAGUGAUGAUGGAGAAUAUGAUGAGGGUGAUGAUGCCGAGAGCGCGAGCUCUGAGGAGGAAGCAGAGGACAGCGAUGUUGCCGAGAUUGACAUUGAGGAUGAUGGGGUCGAAAAGGUCGUGCCAAGGACGAUUUUGAGGAAUCGAUCCGGCAGUGCAGGCGAUAGCAUGAGAUUGAGGAAGGAAGACAAGCAAGUCACCUUCGUUUCUCCAGUCAAGGAUAGCAGACGCACGCGGAGAACUUGA